AUGGCUCAAUCCAUAGCGAGCCUGACUGUGUGUUUGCUCCUCCUCCUCGCGGUGAUGGUGGCUGAGGCAGAUCCCCAAAAGGCGAAGAAAGUGAAAUGCCAAGACAAAAACUACCCUGAUUGUUACCAUCGAGACCUAUAUUGCCCUGACUCCUGUCUUCGCAAUUGUCAGGUGGAUUGUGCCUCGUGCCAACCUGUUUGUAGUCUUGACUCCCAACCAUCGCCGCCACCUCCAACAACUUAUCCUUCACCCUCUCCACCCCCUCCUUCUACCAUUUAUCCUUCCCCACCUCCACCACCUCCUAAGACUAUCUAUUCUUCACCACCUCCACCUCCAUUGACAACAUCCACUCCCCCUUCUUCGCAUCCCCCUCCACCAUCACCAUCGCCGCCACUGCCAUCACCAAAGCUUAAGAAGCACUCACCUCCACCCCCUUCUACUAUUUAUUCUUCACCACCUCCACCACCUUCUACCACUAUUUAUUCUUCACCCCCUCCACCUCCUUUGACAACACCCACUCCCCCUUCUUCGCUUUCUCCUCCACCUCCCCCAGCUUUGGGUUCUGAUGGAAAGAAAGUUAAAUGCAUGAAUAAGAACUACCCUCACUGCUAUGCCAUGGAGCAUAGUUGUCCUAGUGGUUGCCCCGAGCAAUGUGAGGUCGACUGCGUUACCUGCAGUCCCGUUUGCAAUUGCAACCGACCUGGCGCCGUGUGCCAAGAUCCCCGAUUCGUUGGUGGAGAUGGAAUCACCUUUUACUUCCAUGGCAAAAAAGGCCAAGACUUCUGUAUAGUUUCUGAUUCUAAUCUCCAUAUCAAUGCUCGCUUCAUUGGAAAAAGAAACCAAAACAUGAAGAGGGACUUCACUUGGGUCCAGUCUCUAGGAAUCCUCUUUGACACCCACAAUCUCUUCAUUGGCGCAAAGAAUACAUCAAUUUGGGACGACUCCAAUGACCGCCUUUCCCUAGAUUUCAACGGUGAACCCAUACACUUGCUUGAUGGUGAAGGCACCAAGUGGGAGUCCAUGACAUCACCCAGUGUUACAAUCAUAAGGCUUCGCGACACUAACUCGGUAGAAGUUGAGGUUGAAGGAAAUUUCAAGAUCAAAGCAACAGUCGUGCCUAUAACCGAGAAAGAUUCACGUGUUCACAAUUAUGGGAUCACACAAGAGGAUUGCUUUGCUCAUCUGGACUUGAGCUUCAAGUUUUAUGCAUUGAGUGGCCAAGUUAAUGGUGUUUUGGGACAAACUUAUGCGAGCAACUAUGUGAGUAAGGUGAAGAUGGGAGUGGUCAUGCCUGUUUUGGGUGGUGACACAGAAUUCUCAUCCUCAAGUCUCUUUGGCACAGAUUGUGCCGUUGCAAGAUUUAGUGGUCAGUUCACGGAAGGCAAUUCUCUGGAGAAUUUGAAGUAUGGCAAUCUAAAUUGCUCUAGUGGGAUGAAUGGCCGUGGAGUGGUUUGUAAGAGAUAA